AUGAAAAGGAUAAUUCGGGCCAUGUCGAGUGCCAAACAACCUACGUGGCAUGCCCCCGCCACCGCCAAGGCCGAGCAGCCCCAGCUCAAAUUGUACAACUCAUUGACCCGGCUGAAAACAGUGUUUGUCCCCCAACGACCGGGACACGUGGCGUGGUACCAGUGUGGCAUCACCCCGUACGCCCCGCUGCAUUUGGGCCAUUUGAAGCUGUUCAUGCACUUUGACUUGGUCCGGAGAGUGUUGGCCGACCAUUUUGGCUAUAACGUUUACCUCGUGCUGAAUUUUACCGAUGUUGACGACAAGAUUAUCGUCGCCGCUCGUCACCAAUAUUUGUUCGACGAAAAAGUCAGAAAACAGUACACUGAGGUGACUGAUGAGCUCUUAAAGUAUUCUCUUGACAGCUGGAAACAGUAUGUGGCGAAGAACUUACCGGAAUACACCGGGGAAGCCACUCCCGAGGCGUUUUUGACGUGGCAAGUCGACCCUCAACAAUUCGCCACGGAAAAGCCUAAAUUCCCUAUGUACCACACUGCGGCGACUAACGGGGCUAAGGCUAUCACUAACAAAGUGAAACUCUCAGAAUUCUUGCCCGCAGUUGAGGAAUUUGUGUCUAUUGCCCUCGAUAAGGAAUACGGUGCUUCCGUUACUGACCCGGAAAUCUUCCGUAAAUUGCCUUACCACUGGGAAAACCGGUUCCUCGCCGAGAUGGAAACGCUUAAUGUUUUGCCUCCUCUGGUCACUACCAGGGUUACCGAGUAUAUCCCCGAAAUCAUCGCCUACGUCGAGAAAAUCGUCGCUAACGGCUACGCCUACGCUACUGCUGACGGCCUGGUAUAUUUCGAUGUUGUGAAAUUUGAGAAUAGUCCUAACCAUGACUACGCUAAGUUAGCUCCGUGGUCAAAGGGGGAUAUGCUGCUUAUUGCCGACGGCGAAGGGCUGUUGUCCACUGGCGACGGUAAGCGUAAUCUGGUUGAUUUCGCUUUGUGGAAGGCGCUGAAGCCCGGUGAACCGUUCUGGCAACUGCCGUGGGGUAAGGGUCGUCCGGGCUGGCACAUCGAGUGCCUGGUGAUGGCGCUGGAUAUGAUUGGUGACGUGUUGGAUAUCCACUCCGGUGGGAUCGAUUUGUGCUUCCCUCACCACGAUAACGAAUUGGCUCAACUGGAAGCUUACUACAACAACCAACAGUGGGUCAACUACUUCUUGCACCUGGGCCACUUACACAUCCAGGGGCAAAAGAUGCUGAAAUCGCUUAAGAACUUCAUUACCAUUGAAGAGGCAUUGGCGCAACACUCGCCGAGACAAUUGAGACUUGUGUUUGCCAUGACUCAAUGGGAUAAGCCGAUGGAUUUUAAGGAUUCGUUGGUCCACGAAGUGAAGACCACCGAGGCGACUUUCUCCAAGUUCUUUACUAAGGUGAGAGCUUUGGUUGACGACUAUAACCGUCGUAUCGCUCAAGGGGAAAUCAUUCUGAAGAAGUUGGGCGAUGUGGAAAAGCAAUUGCUUAAGGACUUGACUCAGGCUCAAGACGAUGUCCACGCCGCUUUGUGCGAUAACAUCAACACUUCAGGGGCGAUUCAAGCCCUUGGUGCGAUCGUUUCCAAGACUAAUACUUACUUAAGUGGCUGUGACACCGGUAAGAGCGAAUUGCGUAUUGAACCGGUAGUGGACGUGGCCCAAUAUGUCACGCAAACUUUGGCUAAACUCGGGUUUACUGUGCGUGAAGAUGGCCUCGGGUGGGCUCUGGCAGCCUCGCAACUGCUGGAACUGACGCUGGUGGAAAAAGUCGCCGACCCCUACUACCGGUUAUUAGCUCAAUUCAGAGACCUGGUGCGCCAAACCGCCAUCAACAAGGGGGAUAUGCUGAAGAUCUUAGCCGCAUGUGACCAAGUGAGAGCCGAUUUGCUCAAUUUGAACGUGCUGUUGGAUGACCGUCCUCCUAAGAUGAACGACGAACUGGGACAAAUGGAAGACCAGGCGGCGUUGAUUAAGUUCUUAUCGGAUGAUGAGAAGCAGGCGAUCAUCAAGCAACAACAGGAAAAGGAACGUGAAGCCCGGGCUAAGGAAGCUAAAAAGGCUGCCGCUGCUGCUGAGGCGGCGAGGAAAGCCGCCGAACGGUUAGAGAAGCUGAAGGUGGCUCCUCAAGAUAUGUUCCGCGAUGCUUCGCUUUAUCUGGAAUGGGACGACCAGGGGAUCCCUACCAAGGAUGCCAAGGGGGAAGAGGUGAGUAAAAGUGCCAAAAAGAAGUUGAUGAAGCAAUGGCAACAACAGGAGAAAUUGCAUAACGAGUACUUGCAGCUGAAGGCGUAA